AUGGUUUACUCCUGCUACAUGCUACAACAAUACGAUUUCAGCACCAAAGUAUUCCAAGAUAAAGAUAUGGCUUCCGGAAAGUUGAGGAUGCUACAUUCCAAAUGUCGCAAUACGAGAGACCUUUACCUCAGGUCUAACAUCAAACGAAUGUUUGUUCCGGAUGAUAAAGUAGAUUGGGGAGUGGAAUGGCCCGAAUAUUAUCCGCCAGAUCAUAAUGAUCCUUCAAUUUUCGGAAAGAUAUGGGCUGAUCAGAACUUGUCGGUGGGAGAAUCGUGUAAAUGGAACCAAAUCGAUGGCAAGGUUAACAGAUGCUCCUAUAUACGAGAUUACACUUUGGAUACUGAGGGACGACCACUGAAUCCUCAAGGUAGAACAGGUUUGCGUGGACGUGGUAUUCUUGGCAGAUGGGGUCCUAACCAUGCCGCUGACCCUAUCGUGACUAGAAUACAUGAUGGAGUUCUUCAAUUUGUGGCCAUUAAGAGACAAGAUACUGGAGAAUGGGCUAUCCCGGGUGGUAUGGUAGAUGCAGGAGAAGUUAUCAGCGAAACGCUGAGAAGAGAGUUUGCAGAAGAAGCACUCGAUUGUCAAGAUGUUUCCAAAAUCAAGUCACUGUGGAAUCAUGGUACCGAGCUUUACAAAGGAUAUGUUGAUGAUCCCAGGAAUACGGAUAAUGCUUGGAUGGAAACGGUAGCUACUAACUUUCACGAUCAAGAGAACGUACUUGAAAACGUUAAUCUGAAGGCAGGAGACGACGCUGUUUCUGUGAGAUGGAUUGACGUCGAUGACAACACACUUCUGUACGCUUCACACAAAUACUUUAUAUCAUUAUUACGAGAUCAUCAUAAGAAAUAA